CAAACAAGCAGGCAUGGGAAUAUUGUUUUCAAUGCUAGGAAAUUGGGUUUCACGGGAAGAGCUUCCUGUAGUCUUGGUGCCCCCGUUGUUCGAUUUCCCACCGCUGGCAGCUCGGUACAGGGUAACUUCAACAGUCUCAAUAUUUCCAAGUAUAUCUUACUCUUGUAUGUACUUUUUAAUCUUUACAACACAAUCUAACCAUAUGCCUGCUGGAGUUAGACGAUGGCUUAUUGCGAGGGAGAUUGAACCUGGUACACAAGCUUGUAGAUGUCCAUAUAACAAUUACAGUACAGUUCCUUGAAAGGCGUUGAUGGAUGCUAGAGUCAUCCUAUGAUAUUUUAUUUAGCAAGCUUUCAAGAGCAUGCCUUUUUGGGGACUAUUUUCAAGAGUCAGGACAAAUGAUGGCUAGAAUCUUGCUGAGGCCACCUGAUGACCCUCGUGUGGAUUUCACUGCUACAUUGCGAGGUCCAUUUGGAAGCAAUACAGAUGCCAAGGCAGAUGCUAUAUUCCGAUGGCAGCAGCAUCCACAAGAUCCACAUAAUUUUAUGGACAUUAAAGUUUCAAACUCGAAUAAUACAUUGCAGCUGAGAUCAUGUGCCUUCUUUCGAGAUUAUGGAACGGGAGUGUUUGCUAUUCUGCCUAUACUAAUCCAGAAAAGGAUUAAUUUGGAAGAUUAUGGCACUAUGGGCAUCAGAUAUGGUUCCAAGCAUCUCUCUGUUGGAACAACUUUUACACCAGUUCCAUCCAAAGAAUUCCCUGCAAGUGUGUGGAUGGUAAGCAGAAUUGGACAAAUUACUUCAGGAUUCCAGUAUAAGCCCAUUGGAAAGGAACAAACGGGUUCAAUUCAUGAUCUCAGGAAUUGGAGCUUUGCAAUAGACUAUGGAACAGGGAAGAAAGGGCCAUUGAAUCCAUCAUUCAAUUUUAGCAUGGAAUAUUGCAACAAUGAAAAGCUUAUAGCUUCUUUUUAUCAACAUCUCGUUGUUCAAAGAAAGGUGAAGAAUCCCUUUGAAGAAGAUGCAGUUGUUGGGAUCACAAACUAUGUUGACCUUGGUUUUGAAUUUCAUUCAAGGAUCAGUGGAAAAGAAUUGCAUGCAAAUCAAGGAGAAUCAAAUUUUCAGGUUGCUGCAUCUUGGCAAGCCAACAAAAAUAUCUUAUUGAAGGCCAAAUUUGGUUCAGUAAGCUCAGCUGCAGCCCUGACAUUCAAAUCGUGGUGGCAACCAUCCGCUGCAUUCAGUUUUGCUUUUGUAAGAGAUCAUCUUCAUGGUAACACAAAGUGUGGAUUUGGGAUUCAUAUUGACAAUCUAAGGGAUGCAAGUUAUGAAAGAGCUGAUCCGAAUUAUGUGAUGCUGACCCCCACAAAACAACACGUUGCUGAAGGAAUUCUACAAAAUCAUCACAAACGGCCCAUGUUGAAGACAGACGUUACUUCAGGGAACUUUGAAGCACUUCCUAAAAGCUUGCACCCCAUUGAUGAUAUCAUUUAGUUCAGGAAGUUUAUGCCAGUCACCCGAUAUGUGCUGUUUACUAAAAAUAGCUUUGGUUGCAAAAUGUUGAACCUUCCAAACACAAUGCAUUUUGGCGUUCUCUAUUAUUUUGACAUAGAUGAUAAUCUAUAGUAGUUAACUUUGUUAGAAAAAAUAUAGAGAUUGUAAAUAGCUCCAACUGUACAAUGUUAUUAUCAUAUCAUUCACACAUGAAUUCAUUAAUUCUUGAGAAGAAAACGCAAUCUAUGGAUUUUAUUUUGUGCU